AUGCCUACCACUCGUCGCCGCGGAGGCAACACUGCCGCCUCUCGCUCAGGUCAGUCGACGCUUUCAUUCGGCGGAAAGUCCAGAGUCACCAAGCCAUCGGCCACAUCGACACGAUCUCAGAAGACCAAAGACCUCGAACCAAUCUCAGCUGCUGUCACCUCGAAAGAGGUCCCAGAUCCGGAUCAAGUGCCCGUCACUCCCUCGGAGCCGUCACAGCCGCACGUUGCGGAGCUCGCCGUAAGACAGCAAGCCCAGGAGGAGAUUCAGCAACCGCUGUGCGAGGAGGAUAAGAAGGCGAUCAAGAUCACAGAACAGGAGCUGCAGCGGUAUUGGAAGAAGGAAGAGCAGACAAGGAAGGCACCUCGAGUCCACCAGGAAGAUCUAUCAUUGCACGAGAAGAUACUGAGACAUUUUGACCUAUCUAGUCAGUAUGGGCCAUGCAUCGGAAUUGCUCGGCUAAAGCGCUGGAGACGAGCGAAGAUGCUGAAUCUCAAUCCUCCUAUCGAAGUCCUUGCCGUCUUGCUGAAGGAGAAGGACACAGUGAAGCAGAGAGCUUAUGUCGACGAGUUGAUGUCUUGA